GCGGGGAGAAGGCGGGGGCGGGCCGGAGGUCGGGGUCCGGCGUGGAUUCGGGGGUCCCCGUUUCCCCCUCCCCAUUCUCGCCUCCCCGGGCUCUGGUGACGUUGCGGUUUCCUCCUCCCUCCACCGAGCCUCAGCGCCGGCCGCGUCCCGCCCUCCUCCCGCUUCGCCCACACCCCACACCCCACACCCGCCCGCCCGCCCGCCCAGCUCGCAGUAGCGCCGCCCGAGGCUGCAGCGGCGCAUCCCGUGGCGCGGCGCCCACCGGCACCCUAGGCGCGGCGGGCGCGCGGAGGGCUCGGCUCUGGGGGCGCCGCGGGCCCGGGCGCCCUGGGGUGAGGGGGCCGGGAGGGGGCUCCGGAGCCUGGGCCGAAGCUGGGGAGACGACGCCCGAGAGGACGAAGCCGCGGCGAGGAGCGCUCUUCUCUCUGCAGAGUGGUACGCAGAAUGCUGAGGGUCGAAGGGGAAAUCCAAAGCCUGGAAAUGUGGGGGCUUUUCAAGGAUCUUUCGAAGAUGGUUUGGCUGCCUGGGAGAUUUGGAGAUCUGAUGCCACGAUGAGGACUCACACACGGGGGGCUCCCAGUGUGUUUUUCAUAUAUUUGUUUUGCUUUGUGUCGGCUUACAUCACCGACGAGAACCCAGAAGUCAUGAUUCCCUUCACCAAUGCCAACUACGACAGCCACCCCAUGCUGUACUUCUCCAGGGCGGAGGUGGCAGAGCUCCAGCUUCGGGCAGCCAGCUCCCAUGAACACAUCGCUGCCCGGCUCACUGAGGCUGUGCACACCAUGCUGUCCAGCCCCUUGGAAUAUCUUCCUCCCUGGGACCCCAAGGACUAUAGCGCUCGCUGGAAUGAAAUUUAUGGCAACAACCUGGGCGCCUUGGCAAUGUUUUGCGUGCUGUAUCCUGAGAACAUCGAAGCCCGAGACAUGGCCAAAGACUACAUGGAGAGGAUGGCAGCUCAGCCUAAUUCCCUGUGCCAUGAGAGUCAUGUUGUCCUCUUCCUAAUUUGGUGGGGAAAUUCUCCAUUGGUUUCCAGAGACAGUGUCCAUGAAAGGCUGGUCAAAGAUGCUCCUUGGGAUGAAGUCCCACUUGCUCACUCCCUGGUUGGUUUUGCCACUGCUUACGACUUCUUGUACAACUACUUGAGCAAGUCACAGCAGGAGAAGUUUCUUGAAGUGAUUGCCAACGUCUCGGGAUAUAUGUAUGAAACGUCCUAUAGGAGAGGAUGGGGAUUUCAGUACCUGCACAAUCAUCAGCCCACCAACUGCAUGGCCUUGCUCACGGGAAGCCUGGUCCUGAUGAAUCAAGGGUAUCUUCAAGAAGCCUACUUAUGGACCAAACAAGUUCUGACCAUCAUGGAGAAGUCUCUGGUCUUGCUCCGAGAGGUGACAGAUGGUUCCCUCUAUGAAGGCGUUGCCUACGGCAGCUACACCACUAGAUCACUCUUCCAGUAUAUGUUUCUUGUUCAGAGGCACUUUGACAUCAACCACUUUGGCCACCCGUGGCUUAAACAACACUUUGCAUUUAUGUACAGAACCAUCCUUCCAGGGUUUCAAAGAACUGUGGCUAUUGCAGACUCCAAUUACAACUGGUUUUAUGGUCCAGAAAGUCAAUUAGUGUUCCUGGAUAAAUUUGUCAUGCGGAACGGUAGUGGCAACUGGCUUGCUGACCAGAUCAGGAGGAACCGUGUGACCGAAGGUCCAGGGACACCAUCCAAAGGGCAGCGCUGGUGUACUCUUCACACGGAAUUUCUCUGGUAUGACGCCAGCUUGAAAUCUGUGCCUCCCCCGGAUUUUGGCACCCCCACGUUGCAUUAUUUUGAAGACUGGGGUGUUGUGACCUACGGGAGUGCACUCCCUGCAGAAAUCAAUAGGUCUUUUCUUUCCUUCAAGUCGGGAAAACUCGGGGGCCGUGCCAUAUAUGACAUCGUCCACAGAAACAAGUACAAAGACUGGAUCAAAGGAUGGCGAAACUUUAACGCAGGGCACGAGCAUCCCGAUCAAAACUCAUUCACGUUUGCCCCCAACGGCGUGCCUUUCAUCACGGAGGCUCUCUAUGGGCCAAAGUACACCUUCUUCAACAACGUGUUGAUGUUUUCGCCCGCUGCGGCCAAGAGCUGCUUCUCUCCCUGGGAGGGGCAGGUCACGGAAGACUGCUCCUCGAAAUGGUCCAAAUACAAGCACGACCCGGCAGCCAGCUGCCAGGGGAGGGUGGUGGCCGCGGUGGAGAAGAGCGGGGUGGUUUUCAUCCGAGGGGAGGGAGUGGGCGCCUACAGCCCCCAGCUGGAUCUCAAGAGCGUCCAGAGGAACCUGAUCCUCCUGCACCCGCAGCUGCUGCUCCUGGUGGACCAGAUCCAGCUGGGGGAGCGGAGCCCGCUGGAGACGGCAGCGAGCUUCUUCCACAACGUGGACGUUCCUUUCGAGGAGACGGCGGUGGACGGGGUCCACGGGGCUUUCAUCCGGCAGCGGGACGGGCUCUACAAGAUGUACUGGAUGGACGACACCGGCUCCAGCGAGAAGGCGACCUUCGCUUCGGUGACGUACCCUCGCGGCUACCCCUACAACGGGACCAACUACGUGAACGUCACGGUGCGCCUGCGGAGCCCCGUCACGCGGACGGCUUACCUGUUCAUCGGGCCGUCGCUGGACGUGCAGAGCUUCAGCCUCCACGGGGACGCGCAGCAGCUGGACGUGUUCGUCGCCACCCGCCGGCACGCCUACGCCGCCUACCUCUGGACCGGGGAGAGCACCGGCCAGUCGGCCUUCGCGCAGGUCAUCGCCGACCGGCGGGAGAUCCUGUUCGACCGGAGCUGCGCGGUGCGGAGCGCGCCGCUGCCCGAGCUGCGGGACCACGCCGCGCUGGUGGAGCAGAGCCUGCAGCGCUUCAAGCCGGUCUUCCAGCUGCUGGAGAAGCAGAUCCUGUCCCGCGUGCGCAACACCGCCGGCUUCCGGAAGACCGCCGAGCGCCUGCUGAGGUUCUCCGACAAGAGGCAGACGGAGGAGGCCAUCGACCGGAUUUUUGCCAUCUCGCAGCAGCAGCAGCAGCAGCAGCAGCAGAGCAAGUCCAAGAAGAACCGGAAGGGGGGCAAACGCUAUAAAUUCGUGGACGCCGUCCCCGAUAUUUUUGCACAGAUCGAAGUCAACGAGAAGAAGAUCCGCCAGAAAGCUCAGAUUUUGGCACAGAAAGAACUGCCCAUCGACGAGGAUGAAGAGAUGAAAGACCUUUUGGAUUUUGCAGAUGUGACGUAUGAGAAACACAAAAGCGGUGGCUCCCUGAACGGCCGCUUUGGACAGGCCCGGAUGAUGACGACGACGCGCAGCAGGGCCCCGUCGCUGUCGUCGUCCUAUACCAGGCUCUUCCUGAUCCUGAACAUUGCUAUUUUCUUUGUCAUGCUGGCAAUGCAACUGACUUACUUCCAGAGGGCCCAGAGCCUGCAUGGCCAAAGAUGUCUUUACGCAGUCCUCCUAAUAGACAGCUGUAUUUUAUUGUGGCUGUACUCUUCUUGUUCCCAGUCCCAGUGUUAGCACUAAAGCCAGCCAUUGUUUGGUCGUUUUGUGGUCCCAAGAGUCUAUGCAAAAAACAAAACUUGCCGCAGUUUGUUAUUGGAGUUUUUAUCUCAGAUUCCUUUUAACAAAUUAAGGGGGAACGUAUUUUCACACAAAAAGGAAGGGAUAUGGAGAAAUCAGAAUUGGAAAGACGAAGGUUUAUCAGAGGAGUAAGAGCAGCUUGGUUGUCCCAUGGCGUUUCUGGAAAUAUUUGCGUUGGCUAAUUCAGCAAUCCCUGUGAUAUUACCCUUAGGAGAAACAAGAAAUCUGGUUUUAAGAAAAAGAUUUAGAUAGAUUGGGUUUUAUUAAUAUUAAUUUAAUGUUAUUAGCAACCUCCAGAUACUGUUUUAUGGAAAAGACUGAAACACACAAUUCUGAUAAGUUCGGAAAAAAAGGUUUUUAAUUGGGUAGUUUUGUUGAAAAGUAAAUAUUAAGUCCUGGUGUGGGGGUGUGAACUUCCUUGGAGAGUAGUUCAUUAAUUAAAUGAGAGCAGGAUCUCCAUAUCGGAUUCCUAUUCAGACAAAACAAUAAAAUCAUGGCAGACAAUCGUUAAAAAUUUAAAAUGUGUUUUCAGUAGAAAAACACAUAUCAGUGAUGAAUAUUUCCUUGGCGAUGUUGGUCUCUGCACACACAUAAUGCAUCCACUGGUUGUUCAGUAAAUAAGACAGUUCCGGGUAACUUAAUUUUCUCUUUUCCUUAUAGGGAAAACUAUUGUAAGACCCAGUGGCUCAACUUCAAAGUAAAAUAUUUUAUAUCCCAAAUGUUGAUUUCAAUACCAAAGAAGAUGGGGAAGCUAAAAUUUGGAUAUGAUUCUUAUGUUUUUUAAUAGAAAACUUUAAGUUUAUUUUGCUAAAUAAACAUAAUUAUGAUUUAUCUAU